UAAAUGUGAAGUAGCCGUCGUGUUUGUGUUGUCAAUAGCAGAAACAUUAAGUGUAGUGGUGCUAAYUUUAGGCGGAGUGAGUGCGACACUUGUUAUUUUGCAACUUCUGAAAUCUCUCUCCAUUUUAUUCCCUUUAGUCAGCUGUUGUURUAAUUUAGGCUUUACUUUUGUCAUAGGACAAUACACACUCAGAAACAUGGACAGCCGGUUCGGUAUCCUGGUUUUGUUCUGCCUGAUGGGACUCACCUGUGCGGAUCAAGUGAAAUUUGUUGAUUGUGGUUCUGUCUCUGGCAAAGUGAUACAAGUGGAUAUUAACCCUUGUCCCACUCAGCCAUGCCAUCUUCAGAGAGGAGAUUCCUACACAGUCAAUGUGACUUUCAGCAGUGUGGUGGAUACCCCGAAGAGCACAGCUGUGGUUCACGGUAUUGUCGCCGCCAUCCCAAUCCCUUUCCCCAUUCCUGUGGAAGAUGGCUGCAAGUCGGGAAUCCAGUGUCCCAUCCAGAAGCAGCAGAUGUAUCAUUAUGUGGCCACGCUACCUGUGAAGUCUGAGUACCCCGCAAUAAAGCUGGUUGUGGAGUGGGAACUGCGAGAUGAAGAGACAAAGGACCUGUUCUGCAUCAAAUUCCCAGUUCAGAUUGUUUAASUUUUUAGCAUAAAUCACAAAAUUUCAGCUUUUCUCUUAAGGGAUUCAGCUCUUGAGUACAAAAACUGAAAUAUUGCUAAUGAAUCACAUAAGAUUUCUUUUAAUUUUUUUUAAUGAAUCAAUUUUGUUGAUUUUGAAGUUUUCUUUCCCUUGUUUUCAUGACUCUGCUGCACACUCAUCUUAAAUGUUGCUGACCUAAAAGGUGAUUUAUUGUUAUUUUUGUGUGUGUUAACUACCAAAUGAUGAUUUUUAAAAGUUGACGAAGUGAAAACUAGGUUAACUGACCCCUGAACUGCAUUCCAUUACAAUGUAAUUCUGACUGGCUGCUGUGUAGUCCAGAAAGGGUACAUACAUACUAUCUAUUUUUUUUUUGUMUUUACUAAAACUUUUCUAAUGUUUGACCAGGACCACGUGCUUAUUUUGUAGAACUGGAUACUUCAAAGGUUAAACAAAACUUCUAAUAAAAUCUAGCUUGUAUCAAAGUAA